AUGUCUUUUCCAUUCCCUCAGCAGCCAUCAAGGUCCAAAGAAGCCUCGACCAUCCAAGAUGCGCCACCUAAGGACCACCCUCCUGGCGUCGUUCUGGGCAAGGAUGGAAAGCCAUGUCGAACAUGCACCUCCUCUGCAGAAUGGAUGGCAAUGAUGAAGGGAAGCACCGGCAAGAAGCCCAAAGCAGCAGCCAUCCAGACCCCAUCACCAGCGUCCGACUGCCCACCCGACGUCGAGGAACUCGGUCGAUCGACUUGGACUCUCUUGCACUCCAUGGCCGCGACAUAUCCCGCAGUCGCACCUCCCGAAACACAGUCCAUCAUGCAGCAGUUUCUCUCCACAUUCUCGAAACUUUAUCCUUGCUACGUUUGUGCGGAAGACCUGCAGGAUUGGAUGGCAAAGCCUAACAAUGCGCCAAAAGUCAAGGGACAGGAUGAGCUAGGCAUGUGGAUGUGUCAAGCUCAUAAUGUCGUCAAUGUCAAGUUGGGGAAGAAGGAGUUCGACUGCACUCUGUGGAAAGAGCGCUGGAAGGAUGGUUGGAAGGACGGAAGUUGUGAUUAA